AUGCCAUACGCGGUCCACGACACGCAGUUUAUCGGUCAAGAGCACUACGAUGCCAAUUGCAUGGAUCUCUGCGACUUGUUGCAGACAAUGAAGCUGGACCCUGCAUAUCAUCAAGGAAAAACCGCCGAAAACUCUAUCCUGGCCGUGCCUCCGCCGCUAGACAUCCAAGACGAACUUAUGGUGGAAGACAUAACGCAUCAGUGCGACACAGCAUCGGAAAUCUCCAAUCUAAGCUCAAGUCCACGACGCGAAGAGCUUUACGGCUGCGCGUACCUCCAAGCCAUCCAGUCUCAACUCACUUCGGAUGGGUACACGACCACAGGUGGAGAGUACCUGGACGCCAUCUUCACACACCGGGAAAUUCUCUACGCACAUCCCGCCGCACACCAAGAAUGCGCUCGUGCCUUUACUGACAUCGCAUAUAUGUUGGAGAAGAGGGCAUGGAGAGCUGAUCGCGAAGCUGAUAUCGAGGCUGUCACUGCAUUCCGCCAUGAAGCUUGGGUGAUCGCAGCUACAUUGGCCCCUGCACCUUCAAAGCCAAAGGAUACCAUUUCAAAUAGCACUGGUAACCAAUCUGGCUGUGUCUUCAUGCCUGUGAUGUGA